AUGUGUGGAAAUGAGCAGUCUGGAUGGAGGAUAUACCUGCUGGCAUUGUUAUUGAUCGCAUUCUUCGCACAGCUGACCGAAUCAACGCCCAUCAUGUUCAAUAUGCUAACGAAAAGAGGCGACACGACGGGGAUACGGAAUGAAAUGAUUGUAAGUCUUCUUACUCAAGUUUGGGAUGUCUAAGAUUUGUGUGGGGCAAUAUUGAAGGCAAAAAAAAGUGUAGAAAGCUAAAAUUUGGCCAGUUUUUCGAUUUUUUGAUCAUAUUAGUCUGUCGGAAAAAUAAUGUGGACUCGUCGCACCCUAAUCGCUUUGCAAUUUCCGCGACUGGAGAUUUGGUGGGCGAUUGCGGCGAGGACGGAUAUUUUGCUGCGACAAAUCCACAUAAUUUUCCCGACAAUGAGAUAGUAAAAAACGUAUAGCCAAAAAUUUAGCUCGUUUUUUGCAAAUUCAGCGAAAGAUUUCUAGGUUCCUUUUUGCGAUUGUCGGUCAGAAAUACAUGUAUCUUUUGACUGCCUCUGAUUCUUUCCAGGACUUCUACUCAAAACGUUCCCUCGACUUUUGCGGCUGUAAUAUGGGAUGCUUCUACCAAUCCGCUUCUCAAUGCGCGUCCUGCUGCGCAUUGGGCAUAUAA